AGGUUGGAUCGAUUACAUUAUUGGUAGGAAUACAGACAUAAAGGAGGACCUCGUCGAGAAGACUAACACAUCUUUCAAAAUGGAAAACAAAAUCUUCAAUCAUGAAAACAUCGGGGAGCUUGUAAAGUUGUUUAAAGAGGCUGAUGAGGAUGAAGGUGGAGGAUUAGACAUAGAGGAAUUCAGUAAUUUAAUGAAGAACGUAAACAACAAUAUGAGUGAAGAAGACCUCCUUGUUCUCCACAUGCAGAUUGACACAAACUGCGAUGGAACAGUUGACCUUGGUGAGCUACUUGAUUUCUUUUUAGCUAAGGGAGAAUGUGAACAGUUGUUGCAUAACGACAAACCCUUCCCAAGGCCCAUCAAAAAAAUCCAUGUGGAUCACUACAAAAAUAUCGUAAAAGUGUUGUUUCGUCCCGAUGAGGAGGACAAGGAACGCGGUGAGCAAUUUCUGAGUUCAAAGAAACGGAUCAGGACUUACCAAAAAGGACAAUACCUCUCCAUCAGCUCAGAUGGUUUCCUUAACUGUUGGAAUGAGAGCUUUGAUGACCGCAGAACAAUUCCACUGCACCAAAUGGAACAGGCGCUCCCUUAUUCACACAAGAGCAAAAUGUAUGUUACAGACAUGGUGUACAUUAAAGAGCUCAAACAGGUGGUUGUCUCAACUACUGGCAGGGAACUGUUGUUCUUUGAUUGCUGUGAAUCACCAGAGCUGUGUCAAAUGUGUUACUCAAUCAUUAUAGAGGAAGGCACAGUGAGUGCUAUGAACUACUGGUCCAAUGGCACAAAAGCUGUGUUUUCCUUUGCUGUGAAAGGUAAUUUGUUUGUGUGCAUCUCCCACAGCAUAGACAACGGGCUCCUCUGGCCAAAAGCAAAGGAGAAAGUCUCUCUCAAGGACUACGACACUUUUUACAUGUCAAGCCUGUUAAAGAAGACCUCUGACGUCUACCAGUGUUUCAAAGUUCCCAUCUUUACUGACAUCUGUUCUCGGAUCCGAUACUUCCCUUCACUUAGCUCAUUUGCAGUCUGUGGUAGAUCAUCCAUGAAAAUGGUCAUUGCUACUUUACCUAAGGCACCCAGCACCACUUUCAACAAAAUAAACUUCAAGAGCUCUGAGAGUGAGGCAUGUUUCACCUGUGUUGAAUACUGCCCUUCUACUGGGAACCUAUACGCUGGUGGAAUAGACGGCAUGCUGCGGGUGUUUGAUCCUAACACAACCACAUGCAUCAGCAAAUUAGUAGCACAUGUCCGACCCAUCACCAACCUUGUGUACAAUCAUGAGGACGAUAUUUUGGUCAGUUUGUCUGACGACAAGAAUGUCUGUGUUUGGAGUGGGGAAAAUUUGCAGUGUAAGCAAAGAUUCACUGUCGACAUGGACAAGGCCAAGCUCUCCGCCAUGUGUUAUAAUGUCUAUAACAAUGAGUUAGUCCUGGCUAACACAGAUAUGGGAGUAUAUCUUGGAAGAGGAACUGAUCUUUUUAGAGAUACAUCAACAUCCCAUGACAAGCCCCUGUGCGGUGUUAUCUAUCACAGCAUUUACAAACAGGUCAUCUCUGUUUGCCAAAAUGGUGUGGUGACAGUGUGGGAUAUCUCAACGGGAAAGGCUCUCAUACAGUUCAAGGUCACUGAAGGUAAGUGUGUGGGAGAAAUUACCUUUUCAUUAGAUGGAAAUGGGCGCAGACUACUCACCGCACAGGAUAGGAAGAUGAAACUUUGGAAUUUUAACAAUGGAUCAGAGCUGUCCGUUCAUCCUGCAGUCUUGCCAAAAGAGGUGACAUGUAUUGUCUGCAUAGACGAUCGGGUGUUUGUGUCAGGAAGAAACUCCAAGAAAAUUUUUAACCUGGAUGUAGAUGGACAUGACAACAGGUUUUUGGAGCAUGACUAUUUACCUGACAUUUCCUCAAUGGAUGUGCAUGAAAGAACACUGAUUACUGCUGCCAGCAAUGGAAAUGUUGUCCUCUGGGAUGUCGACACUUCAAGUGUUCGCUACUGGCUAAAUGGAAGCAAGAGCCCUCGAAUCCAUUUCGCGUUCACAAAAGAUCAAGGACAGACAGGAGAACUACGGGUCAAGAAGAGUGACCAGAAUGACAAAAGUGCUGGGAGCAAAUCUCUGACUGCGAGUGAGAAGACUUUAAAUAGUCAUCUCACUUUAUCUCUGAAGAGUAGGGAGGCCAGUAUUGAAAAAGCCACACUUCUGACUUCUGCAGAUGGCUACAUAUAUGCCUGGACUGCCACUUACAAGGGAGGUUUGCUUGCAAAAUUCAGGGCAGUUCAGGAUAAAGAGGCUGUAAUAACCACCUGGUCAACUGAUCCCAGUGAACAGACACUUCUGACGGGUGAUAGUACCGGUCGGAUUUGCCUGUGGGACAUACAGGGAUUUGGGGUUACAGCAAAGGUAAACAAAGACCCAUUUGAGGAUAUAAAUGGAUGGCCUGUGUCAUUGUGUCCACCUCCUCUAUUGGGCUCCUGGCAAGCUUACCUUGGGAGCGUUGCAGGUAUUCAGUGUGACCCCACUUGUGAAAAUAUUAUAACUGUGGGGCUGGAUUGCAAUGUCAAGCUUUGGAAAAAUACAGGCCACUGCAUAGGCGUCUUUGGGAAAGACGAAUGGGAUGCGACGCAACCUAACCUUGUGAAUUCUGUGGUCCAGGAGAAGACAGCGAAAUCAGCCAUACCAAAGACAGAUGAGCUAGAAGCUUAUUUGGAUGAUACAUUUGGGCCUAUAAAACCAGGCACAGACGAAAGACUGAUCAAACAUUUCCCCGAAUUUGAAUGGGUUUACGGUAAUACACCUACAGCAUCAAGGAAUUUACCUGAGGAGGAACUGGAAAGAGAAUGUGGAUGGCUCUUAAAUUAUAAACCAGGAGCUGACCGAUUAAAAAAAUUAGAGAAAAAAGAAUAUCUGCAAUAUAAAGUACCAUCUUCUAAUGAGGUCUGCCAGGGUUCUGAAAACAUAUCAACACCAUGUCAGGCUGGUACCAAACCUGGGCGUAAGAUCAAGAUAAAGCAGGGAGAACCAAUAAAAAGCAGUGUCCCCCCCCCAUGUCCACAGUCUGGGCUAGUACCAAACAGUGUGCACUUGCCACCUCUCCAUGAAGGUGUUAAGCCCACACAUCAAAAGACCCCGAUUAAUCCACACCCGCCUCAUACGCCGCUCAUCCGAGGGAGCCAGGCUGGUACCAAACAUGGGCGUCGGCUCAAGAUACCGCAGGGAGACCCAAUAAAAAGCAGUGUCCUCCCCUCAUUUCCACCGUUGGAGCAAGUACUAAACAGGGAGCACUUGUCACCCAUCCAGAAAAGUGUUGAGCUCGCACAUCAACAGACCCCGUUUGAGCCACACCCGCCUCAUACGCCAAUCAUCCGAGGGAGCCAGGCUGGUACCAAACAUGGGCGUCGGCUCAAGAUACCGCAGGGAGACCCAAUAAAAAGCAGUGUCCUCCCCUCAUUUCCACCGUUGGAGCAAGUACUAAACAGGGAGCACUUGUCACCCAUCCAGAAAAGUGUUGAGCUCGCACAUCAACAGACCCCGUUUGAGCCACACCCGCCUCAUACGCCAAUCAUCCGAGGGAGCCAGGCUGGUACCAAACAUGGGCGUCGGCUCAAGAUACCGCAGGGAGACCCAAUAAAAAGCAGUGUCCUCCCCUCAUUUCCACCGUUGGAGCAAGUACUAAACAGGGAGCACUUGUCACCCAUCCAGAAAAGUGUUGAGUUCGCACAUCAACAGACCCCGUUUGAGCCACACCCGCCUCAUACGCCAAUCAUCCGAGGACGCAUUCAACCUAACCGAAUACCAUGUUACAAUGGGAACCAGAAUAGGUCAAAAAAUGGGGAUAUGGACAAUAUACAGCUGGUAGACCUAAAAACAAGCAGUGUCCUCAAUCCAUGUCCACCGUCGGAGCGGGUACCCUACAGUGUGCCCUUGCCACCCCUCCAUAAAGGGGUUAAGCCGAUUAAUCCACACCCGCAUCAUACGCCGCAUCAUACGCCGAUCAUCCGAGGUGGCACUAAUCACAACCUGAUUCAGACUAGGUGUGAAAGUUGGUGGGAUGAAGAUACACCAGCGGUUAACCCCAUGCCACGCAUGCAUCGAUUGGUUAGUGCUUACAAGCGGACGAGUGAUCACGCAUCAAAGCAUUGUCGCUUCCCACACAUUCCUGACAAGGUUCAGCUCACUGCAGUCUGUGAUUGA